AUCUACGCUGCGCAUGCGGGGAAUGCUCCUCUUACAAAAAUGUUGCAGUGUUGUUUACAUCGGUUUCCCUGCUGAGGAGCUACCGAAAGAGAAUGUUUUCCAGUAGAAAAGAUUAUCAUAUAAUCGUGUCAUCAUCAUAAAGCGCAUGUAAUUACUGUGCUACACCUUUGGAUUCAAGACUCAAAUAAAGAGAAAUUGACUAAAAUAGGAACCAGAGUCCUACUAUGUUACUAGUAUUUGUCUGGUAAGGUGGAAUUAGAGAUUUUAUACCAACACUCCACCACAAUGACAGAAGUCAACGUACGAGUAGCAGUGAGGGUACGCCCUCUGCUGCCAAAGGAAAAGAUAGCUGGAGAGGAAAUGUGUUUGAGAGUCUUACCUAAUACAAAGCAGGUGGUUGUUGGCAAGGAUCGGGCCUUCACCUUUGAUUAUGUGUUGUCCUCCAAGACUGAUCAGGAGGAAGUUUACAAGUCUUGUGUGGAGUCGCUGGUUAAGAGUACCUUUGAUGGCUACAACGCCACAGUAUUUGCGUACGGUCAGACGGGAUCAGGGAAGACGUUCACUGUUGGAGGGGGAAAUAUUUCAUGUGAAGAAGAAUAUGGGAUAAUACCUCGAGCUCUUAAGGAAAUAUUUGACACUAUAGAGACGAGGAAAGAGCAAGAGUUCCUAGUGAAGGUUUCCUAUAUAGAGAUUUACAAGGAGGAGCUGCAGGAUCUGCUAGACACAGAAACAUCCUACAAGGAUCUCCAUGUCCGUGAGGAUGACAAAGGCAACACAGUGAUUAUUGGAGCCCGUGAAGUGGACUGCGAGUCCCUGGAUGAUGUGAUGACGUUACUGGAGGCAGGGUCUGCUGUCAGACAGACAGGGUCGACACAGAUGAAUGAACAGUCAAGUCGCUCACAUUCCAUAUUUACCGUUGUUAUAGAACAAAAGUGGACAGAGACUGACGUCAUGGCUGGAAAGAGAAAACCAAGUGAUAGUUCUGAGGUUAUUGACGAAGCUGCCAAACUACCACAAGAUAUUACUCACUUCAUGUCAGGAAAAUUCCAUUUUGUGGAUCUUGCGGGAUCUGAACGAGCACACAGGACCGGAAAUGUAGGGGACAGAUUCAAAGAGUCUGUGCACAUCAACUCAGGACUUCUGGCCCUCGGCAAUGUGAUAAGUGCCUUGGGAGAUCCUAAGAAGAAAUCAACCCACAUUCCCUACCGAGAAUCAAAGAUCACCAGGCUCCUCAAGGACUCCCUAGGGGGUAACGCACAGACCCUUAUGGUGUGUUGUAUCAGUCCUGCUACAGCCAACUUUGAUGAAUCCCUAAAUGCCCUCAAGUAUGCCAAUAGGGCACGGAACAUCAAGAACAAGCCGAUCGUAAACAGAGAUGUACAGGCACUGAGGUUUGAGGAGAUGCAGUGUGAGAUUAAGGCCCUACGUGAGGAACUUGUGCGUCAGAGGACGUCGAUACUGAGUAACGGCGGGGCUGGGGACAUGGUUAAUGCAGAGAGGGCAAUACAGGAGGCAGCAAACAUGAAACACCUGGAAGAUCAAGCCAGCAGGCUACAGACGGAGUGUUCACACUACAAGAUGAUAGCCGACGAAGCUUACAAACAGUUGAUGGAGAUCCAGGACCGUGACAUUUUGUCUCAGAGCCAAGACUUCCGUCUUAAAGACUGGCUAGACUUGAUGGAGGAGAUAAAAAAUAAAGUGCCGUCCACAUUGACAAGGGAGGAAGUGGAUAACGAAACCAUCAAAGACUUACAGUCACAACUAUUUAAGUGUAAGGAAGACCUGAAGAGUGACGAGGAAAUCUUUGCUGAGAAAAGUCGAGACCAUAGUCAGAUGAUAGACAGAUUAGAGGAGCUGGAGACUCUCCUGGAGCAACGGGACCAGGAACUUGUGCAGGCAGAUGAUCGCAUCAAACUGCAGGGAGAACAAUUACUGGAGCAGCAGAUGAGGAUAGAGGAACUUCAACGUGCUCUCAAGACAGAGGACACCUUCCUCAGUGAGAGCAGUGUAUUGGAUGAUGAUGCAGUGUCGGCCAGUGCACCACCUGCCCCCUUCUCAAGUAGGCGGCCAAAAUCUGUUCCUGCCCACAUGCAUCGGCGGCCAGAUACAACAAACUCUGGUCUCCGACCGCCGUCAAGAAAUAUCAAGACAAGUCCUGCCCUGUUCACACUUGAGCGAGUAAUGAAGAGUUUCCGGGCGCGGAGUCAGCUGUUGGUGAGCCGCCUGGAGGACAAUGAUGAGGUCCUACACCCGACAUAUGGUGAGGCAGCUGCUGGGGGAAAUAACGAAAGUGAACGAGCAUCCGCAAGGUCUGGGACAAGGCUCACAAGAAGGGGGACAUUCAAAGUUGGAAAGGAGAAGAAAACGGAGGAGAACAAAGAGAACAAUGCCAGUAGUGUCAACAUUCCCGAGAUCCGAUUCAGCAGGGGAGAUUCCGCAAGAUCAAGCUUGUCUUCAUCAGCUGGAGACCUGGACGGCCAUUUACUCAGACAUAGUGAAGAAGUAAGAAAAAGCACCAACACUCAGCGACAGAUUAAGGAAUCGCAGCUGAAGAUGGUCGAGUCCCAGCAGAAAAUGAGGGAUCUCUCCAUCAACAUUAAGAUGAAGGAGCAACUCAUCAAAGAGCUAGUGAAGACUGGGAAAGACUCUGAGACCAUGAAUAAACAAUAUGCUGAAAAAAUCCGAGCCUUGGAAAAGGAAAAAGAAAAAGUGAAGGGCGAUCUGUCAGAGACACAGAAGGUUCUGUCAGAAAUUGAGGCCAAAGGUCAACAAGAAUCCUCAGAAAAACAAAAGCUACAGUCUGAAUACAGGAAAAAAAUAGAAAGUGCUAAAGCAAGGAUAUCAACCCUGCAUAAACGACAGAAAGACACAGAGAAAAUUGCCAACUUUACAAUGCAGAACGAUAAAAAGAUCCAGGACCUGGAGCUGAAUGUAGACAGGAUGAAACAACAACAGGAAUCUCUGAAUAAACGUCUCAAGGAGGAAACGGAGAGGAAGAGCAAAUUGGAGAGAGAAAUGCAGAAAGAAGUUCAUAGAGUGAAGGAAUUGCAGUUAAAAAAUGAACAACAGCAGAAAAUUCUGAAGCGCAAAAAUGAAGAGAUAGCAGCAGCUCAAAGAAAGUUGAGGAGUGGCUCCCUUCCCCCUAUCAAUAUUGAGGACCAUGACAAGACUGAGGAACAGAAACGUUGGCUUGACAACGAGGUGGAGAAGGUUGUGGAACAGAGACGUCAGAUGGAGGCUCUACAGGAGGAGCUGAAGAAAAGGGAGGCCAUCGUCGCCAAGAAGGAGAAUAUCUUUGCUGAGAAGAGCGAGUUAGAGAUGAAGAAACUACGGUCGAGUCAAGUCAUCAAUAAGAGCCUUCUGACAAUGUCAACCAAGCUGGAUUCCAUGGACAAAAAGUUAGAGGAGAAAAGUAAGGAGCUGGCACAGACUCCCGAGGAACACCAGGCUCAUGUUAAGGAGGAAAUCCAAAAGUUGUCGGAUAGUCGUGAGAAACUUAACAAACAGCGACUUGUACUGGAGAAGAAACUGCAUGAUGGACGGAUCCUGUCAGGCCAGGAGGAGAGGAGGAUGAUAGAGCUGGAUGAGGCUAUAGAUGCCUUGGAUGCAGCUAUAGAUUAUAAAAACGAGAACAUCAAUAGCAAACAGCUGGAGAUCCGACACUCGCAGAUGUUAUCACAGAGUGAAGACAAUAUGAUAAACCGUCUGAACUCCCUGUCUACAGCAGAGACAAGGACACUUCUGUCUCGCUACUUUGAUAAGGUCAUCAAGCUGAGGGAAAUGGAACGCAAAAUGAAUCUUCACAGCAGUGAGCAGGAGGUGAAGAUAGAUGAACAGGAGAGACUGAUCCGGGAAAUGGAGUCUUCUCUGCAGCGGACACAGGUAGACAUAGACCGGAGACUGACCAAACAGCAGAAAGAGUAUGAACAGAAAAUACAGCUGCUGAUGAGACAGAUCACAGAGAUGGGUGGGGCAGGAGGUGGACCUCAGGCUGAUGACAAAGACUCAAAGCAUCUACAGCUGGAAAAAGAAUUAUAUUAUUACAAGAAAACUAGUCGAGAUCUGAAGAGGAAGCUACGGGAGCUUUAUGCCUCAGGUGCUUUAGGAGAUGAUCAUAUGAGUGUGCAUGGUUCCGUCCAGAGUUCCAUGGGAGAUGAUGCACAAGUCAACCACAGUCAGUCACAUAACAGAAACACAGAAAACGUCAGCCAUUCCCACCAAGGAGAGAAGUCAAGUUCGCGUCCUAAUUCUGCACGAUCUGUUCCACACAUUCCUGCCAAUGCAACCCCUGUCAAAAUAUCUAGAAAAGACCUGCGUCUGAUGUCUGAGACCGAAGUCAAACUACGGAGGUCCAAUCUUAGCCACAGUGGGGGAUCUCAGCAACUUAGAGACUCCCUUGAUUCUAAUGCUGAUAACAAUCCAUGGAGUUGAGGGAAAUAUUACUUCAAGGAAACCAAUGUGUUCAGCAGCCACUGAUACUGCCUGUCAACAGUGUGGUAGAAAAAAGCAUAACACUACCAUUUACAGCUUGUGCUACCAAAUAAGGACAAAAAUGGUCAUGGCAUAUCCAUAUAUGGACAAAAAUGGGCAUGGCACAUCCAUAUAUGGACAAAACAUGGGAGUGACAUGAGAAUAAUAAUGGUUGUGAUUGAAAACAUACAAAGGAUGUUGUGUCGUUAAGGAGGUCUUGGAUAUGAUUGUAUAAUAUUAAAUCAGGAGAAUGCUCCUAAUAUUAUUUUAAUAGGACAAAGUUUAUUGGAAGCCAAAUUGAUAACACGAGAAUGUUACCAGUGGAACAAUCACCGACCUCCAUACAUGAUCCUGCUACUGUUGCAAUAUUUCUGUAUUUUAUGGAUAUUUUAAAUCAGAUGGAUACAGCCCAAACACACAGCUACUGUAAAUGUCUGUCUGAAAUAGGAAAACAGUUCACACUGAAAAAAGGUAGAACAAAAGACAUUUUUACAGGUAAAUCAAUGAACCUAGAGUAAUAUGAAGUACAGUCAUACCUUUCAUCUAAUGAAAAUCCCAUAUCUGACUGUAAUAUCUAGGUAUAAUGCAUAACACUUUCUAACAUCCUAAACAAUUGAAAAUGUUUCAGAUUCUGCCAAUUUGCUUCCUUUAUUGAUAUUCUGAGGUACAUGUCUUAGUAAUUUGAGUUGAUAAGAAAGAAAGCUGUGUCUUCUACACAGUGUUUGAACUGCUGGUUAUUCAUCAAUGCUGUUAAAAGUGUCUGAAUAUGCAAGAGUUUUUGUAGUAACUAUAGAUGACAGUAUACCAGUUAUAUUAAUACGCUGAUCUGGUUCUUGCCAUUAAAAAUAGUUCUGUAUCUAUAAACCCACAAUAACAUGUAGAUUCCUAAAUCAAACUUUCCAUUCUUUAAGACUGACAGAUUUUUGCACCCUGUAUGAAGUAUAUUGGACCAAUUUUAGAAAGUAGGGUUGAUAUCGUCACCAACGCACUCAGCAGAACAAGUACUUACACAGAAAUAGAAUACUUUUUAAUCAAAAUUAUAUGUAGAUGAUGCAUUCUUACUUUUUCAUUUAAGUAUCUGGAGAGUGAUAUCAAAUUUUUAUUUUUAUUUUGCUGUAAAUGUUUGCCAUUUAUUUGUAAAUGACUUAAGAGUGGGUAUAUAUAUA